AUGGCUGCUGCUCUCUCUUACCGAGUCUACAAGAAUGCUCUUCUUUUUUCUGCCUUCCUGGCUGCUGCUCAGGCCCAACAGGUGGGCACUCAACUUGCUGAGACACACCCAUCCUUGACUUGGUCCAAGUGCACCAGCGAUGGAAGCUGCUCUACUGUGUCCGGUCAAGUCGUCGUCGACGCGAACUGGCGUUGGGUCCAUACUGUUAGCGGCUAUACCAACUGCUACACGGGCAAUGAAUGGGACACUUCGAUCUGUCCAGACGAUGUGACCUGUGCUGCUGCCUGUGCUGUAGAUGGCGCGAAUUACGAAGACACUUACGGUGUAACCACCAGUGGUGACGAGCUGCGUGUGAACUUUGUCACCUCCGGAUCCAGCAAGAAUAUUGGCUCCCGUCUGUACAUGAUGGAAGAUGAUAGUACCUAUCAGAUGUUUGAUCUGCUUGGUCAAGAAUUCACUUUUGAUGUGGAUGUCUCCAACCUCCCAUGUGGUCUCAACGGCGCCCUUUACUUCGUGUCAAUGGAUGCCGAUGGUGGUAUGGCCCGGUUCCCCACGAACAAGGCUGGUGCCAAAUACGGAACCGGAUACUGCGACUCUCAGUGCCCGCGAGACCUGAAGUUCAUCGACGGUCAGGCUAAUGUGGAGGGAUGGGAGCCAUCUACCAACGAUGCCAAUUCAGGCAUUGGUAACCAUGGCUCUUGUUGCGCAGAGAUGGAUAUCUGGGAAGCCAAUUCGAUCUCGAAUGCUCUUACUCCUCACCCCUGUGAUACUCCUACUCAGGUCAUGUGUGAAGGAAAUACUUGCGGCGGUACAUACAGCACUGAUCGCUAUGGCGGUACUUGUGAUCCCGAUGGGUGUGAUUUCAACCCCUACCGUAUGGGUAAUCACUCGUUCUUUGGUCCGAGUGAGAUUGUUGAUACUACUUCUCCCUUCACUGUGGUGACUCAGUUCAUUACGGAGGAUGGUACUAGUACGGGCACCCUGAGUGAAAUCAAACGCUUCUAUGUCCAGAAUGGAAAAGUGAUUCCACAGUCUCAGUCCACUAUCAGUGGUGUGAGUGGCAACUCGAUCACUACGGACUUCUGUAACGCUCAGAAGACUGCAUUUGGGGAUGAAGAUGUGUUCACUACUCAUGGAGGCUUGGAAGGCAUGGGCGCUGCGCUUGCAGAUGGUAUGGUUCUGGUCAUGAGUCUCUGGGAUGAUCAUAACUCCAACAUGCUCUGGCUGGACAGCACCUACCCGACCACCGAUUCCUCGACCACGCCCGGAGCUGCACGCGGCACUUGUGAUAUCUCCUCUGGUGCCCCUACAGAUGUGGAGACCAACGACGCGAAUGCGUAUGUCAUUUAUUCGAAUAUCAAGGUUGGCCCCCUGGGCUCUACCUUCAACUCGGGCAGUUCCGGCUCCAGCUCUAGCACAGCUAAGACCACAACCACGACAAGCACAAAGACGUCGGGCACUACCACUACGACAUCCAAGACGACAAGCACCACCACCUCAACCGGAUCAAGCAGCACCGGUGCCGCUCAUUACGCACAGUGUGGCGGUAUGAGCUGGACUGGCGCAACCACUUGUGUCAGCCCGUACACCUGCACUGAGCAGAGUGCUUAUUACUCACAGUGCCUGUAA